AUGUCACCAGCACAGAACCUUGGCUCUGGCUUCCCGCCACAGUAUCAUGAGCUUGAAGGGAGCACUCCGCAGAUCGUGGCUCCACCACAAAAUGAGGUGGUGGCAGAGUUGGAAGCAACGACAGCUGGUCGAGAUGACGGCCGUAUUGACAUUGACCUCAGCUCGCGACUAGUUCGCCGGCUAUCGCGACUAGCUCCAAUCGAAAAACCGAAAGUGUCAUUAGAGCAACCCUCAGGCCUUCCGCCUCCACCAGAGUAUUCUGAAACAGGCCAGUCUAGCAUUUGUCUCAACAUUGUUAUCCAAGUUGUCGGCAGUCGAGGCGAUGUCCAACCGUUUGUCGCCCUUGGAACAGAACUCCAGCGCCAUGGCCAUCGAGUCCGACUCGCGACGCACGGCCAGUUCGACAAAUUUGUUCGUGAUGCUGGUCUUGAAUUCUACUCCAUUGGCGGCGACCCCGCUGAGCUUAUGGCAUACAUGGUCAAGAACCCAGGUCUGCUUCCCAGCAUGAAAACCCUCCGGGGAGGUGAGAUUCAGAAGAAGCGAAAAAUGGUGAAUGAGAUGCUUCACAAGUGUUGGGAUUCCUGCAUUCGCCCGGACGAGUUGACCGGACAGCCAUUUGUUGCAGAUGCAAUCAUCGCCAACCCGCCUAGUUUCGCCCAUAUCCAUUGUGCGCAAGCUUUGUCUAUCCCUGUACAUCUCAUGUUCACCAUGCCCUGGACUAGCACGAGAGAGUUCUGUCAUCCUCUUGCAAACCUAAAAACAAACGGCAGUGAAAUGUCGGCAAGCGCUGCAAAUUAUGUUUCUUACACCUUGGUGGAAUGGAUGACAUGGCAAGGACUUGGUGAUGUCAUCAACGCAUGGAGACACACAUUAGACCUCGAGACAAUUCCGUUCAGCGAAGGCCCAUGUCUAGCCGAGACACUCGGAGUACCUGUUACGUAUUGCUGGUCGCCAGCAUUAGUCCCCAAACCAACAGACUGGGCUGAUAAUAUUGAUGUUUGCGGUUUCUUCUUCCGCGACAUGCCAUCUUACCAACCCGAUGCCGACCUGAAGAAAUUUCUUUCCAGUGGACCACCUCCAGUAUACAUCGGUUUCGGCAGUAUCGUGAUCGACAAUCCCGAGGAGUUGACAGCGACAAUCCGUGAAGCUGUGCGUGUAACAGGUACUCGAGCUAUUGUAUCGCGAGGUUGGAGUAAACUGGGAGGAGGCUCUCCUAGCGACGACAAUAUUUUCUUUCUUGGCGACUGUCCCCACGAAUGGCUGUUCCAGCAAGUCACAGCAGUUGUUCACCACGGUGGUGCUGGUACGACUGCUUGCGGGUUACUCAACGCCAAGCCGACUGCCAUCGUCCCGUUCUUCGGAGAUCAACCCUUUUGGGGACACAUGGUCAAUGCCGGUGGUGCUGGCCCAGCUCCGAUUCCUUUCAAGAGUCUAAACAAGGACAACCUGGCAGACGCCAUACGCUUCUGUCUGACCCCAGAAGCAUCUGAUUCAGCUCGCAAAAUCGCACAGAAAAUGUCUCGUGAGGCAGGUGUCAGACGCGCUGUGGCUUCUUUCCACGCCAACUUACCUCUCAACAAAAUGCGGUGUGAUAUGUUACCAAACCAGGCGGCAUCAUGGACACUGAAGAAGAGCGGGAAGACUCUCAAAUUAUCCAAAAUUGCUGCUGAGAUUCUUGUGACGAACAACAGAGUCUCGUGGAAGAGGCUCAAGAGUCACCAGUCCCAUCCUAUCCACAUCGAGAAUCGACGCUGGGAUCCUCUGACUGCAACUCUUGCAUCGCUCACCACAACCACUGUGGGAAUGAUGACCUCAGCGUCAGACAUUGUCGUGAAACCGAUACAGGCAUUCCGCCCUGUGAGCUCAGAAGACUCGAGGCGGACUUCGAGCAGUCACGAUUUGUCUGAGAAUAAUCCCGGCAACCAGCAUUCUAGGACUUCUAGCAACACGAAUGACGAUAACGUCUUUGGAAGACCAGCGGGUCUGACUGUAACUCAUCAACUGAACAAGAGCCGCAGCACCAGUGAUUUGCAUCGGCAACAUGGCACUGCUGCCGCCCUAAAAGGCUCCGCCUCUGGCGUUGGUGGCUUCCUCAAGCACUACUCAAAGGGCAUGUUCCUGGAUCUUCCCUAUGCAGUCACCGAAGGGAUGCGGAAUGCUCCGAAACUAUACGGCGGCCAAGCCUACGACCCUGGCGCCGUGACCGAUUGGAAGUCUGGCGGUAUCGCAGCCGGCAAGAACUUUGCGCACGGAAUUGUCGAGGGUAUUGGGGGUAUAGUCAUGGAGCCGAUAAGAGGGGGCAAGAAGAAUGGUGCGGCUGGAGCAGCAAUGGGGGUUGGUAUAGGGUUGUUGAAUAUGACGACCAAAGUGACCUCUGGCGCUGUAGGGCUUGUCGCUAUGCCGGGACAAGGUAUAUAUCAGAGUGCAAGGGCUCUGGUUAAGACGGAUACGGGCAAGGCUAUUGCCGAAGCGAGAAGAACUGAAGGCGUUGGUAUUGUUCAAAAGGCCGACAAGAACAAGCGAGGGUGGUAUCAAGAGACCGUUAUGGAGGCAUAUGAGGAUGCACAAUAUAGAUAA